UGUUUUUCAAAGAUAUAUUUAAUCCCAGUGGGCGCCAGUCAAAAUCUACCCUGUGGAGCAGAUAGAUUAGAGCCUGGAGUUUGCACUGUAUUUGGAGAUCCUCACUACAACACUUUUGAUGGACGGACAUUUAACUUUCAGGGAACAUGUCAGUACGUUUUGACGAAAGACUGCUCCUCCUCUGCCUCACCCUUUCAGGUGCUGGUAAAAAAUGAUGCCCGUCGGACCCGUUCUUUCUCCUGGACAAAGUCAGUGGAGCUUGUGUUGGGCAGAAGUACAAUUAGCCUCCAGCAGCACCUCACAGUGAAGUGGAAUGGAACCCGAAUUUCACUGCCUUGCGAGACACCACAAUUUCAGGUCGAUUUGGAUGGUUAUUUGCUGAAAGUGACAACUAAAGCAGGCUUGGAAAUCUCAUGGGAUGGAGACAGUUUUGUGGAAGUCAUGGCUGCACCUCAUCUGAAAGGCAAACUCUGUGGUCUGUGUGGCAAUUACAACGGGCACAAGCGAGAUGACCUGAUUGGGGGGGAUGGGAAUUUUAAGUUUGAUGUGGACGACUUUGCUGAAUCCUGGCGUGUGGAGUCUAAUGAGUUCUGCAGCCGCUUGCAGAGAAAUCCUGUACCUGAGCUCUGUCAUGGGACAGUCAGGGUGAAACUCCGAGCUCACCGGGAAUGCCAGAAACUCAAAGCGUGGGAGUUCCAGAGCUGUCAUUCAACAGUGGAUUAUACCACAUUUUACCAGUCCUGUGUGACAGACAUGUGUGAGUGUCCAAUCCAUAAAAACUGCUACUGUGAGUCGUUCCUGGCAUACUCUCGAGCCUGUCAGAGGGAAGGGCUGAAAAUCCAGUGGGUGCCGGAGCAUAUCUGUGCAGCAACCCAGUGUAAACACGGUGCAGUUUAUGAUACCUGUGGUCCGGGAUGUGUCAAAACAUGUGACAACUGGAAUGAAAUUGGACCAUGCAACAAGCCCUGUGUUGCAGGGUGUCACUGCCCAGCAAAUUUAGUUCUUCACAGAGGAAGAUGCAUCAAACCAGUCCUCUGCCCACAGCGGUGACAUUCAUUCUCUUUCCGUGGACACUAAUGCAGGUGGUCACUGACCCCUUUCAUGCUCACAACCAGUGAAGGACUCCAGCUGUUUGUGUGCAAAUUCUGCAAAGUAAACAUUUACUCACAGAGUGCAAAUAUGCUCCUCUGUGCAUAUUUGUGUGUCUCUAAGAACACACAUGUGGCACCUAGAAAGAUAUAUAAAUGUAUACUGUGUGUAUUUGGACACGUGUCCAUACACAAGUUCCCUAAACGUAAGUAUGACCCAUAUAUUUAUAUAUAUGUCCACACAAUUAUACAUAAUUUCUAUAUACUAUAGAAGGAUGAAUUAUAAUAUGUAUAUUUUUUGCUAUAAAUUUUAUGUAUUAUUAUUUCUAGGACCCUGAUCUGUAAGUCGUUGUAUAAAUAAACCUGGUGUUUUUAAUAUAAUAUUGUGGCAUGAAAAGAUUGGAUGACUUUACCAUUGCAUAAGUUUGUUGUUACCAAGGAAACUUUUCUAGGGCUAUAGCACUGCCAGGCUGGAUUAGUUUCAACACAGAGCCUGGAUUUACAGUUGUACAGGAAACACAUUUCUCUGGAGAUGGAGGAUUUAUCUAGGAAUAUUUCAUGUGUGCCUUAGAGCUGCAUAGUGAUUGGUGACAGUGCUUAAUCAGGCAGAGAAAGCUGGGGAUUGGCUUUUUUGCUUUACUGAAAUAACUGUGCAAAAUGGUUUCCAAAGCUGGUUGAACAAUGGCCAGGAUAGAGAUAUUUCUUUCUGGAACAGCACCAAAGAGUCAGGGCCAGAUUUUUGAAAGUGCUAGGCACCCAACAGCUCACUUUGAAAAUCUGACCACUUCCCAUUUCAUAUCCUAAUGCCCCAUCUCUGUUGUUGUGCUUGGCAGUAACCGUGAAUGCACAAUGAGGAGCUUGAAGAAAAUAUUCAUGUGCAUAUUACCCUUUUAACAUGUUUGGAACACCUAGGUGUGUUUCAUGUCUCCCCCAAAUAUUUUGCAGAAAGCAAAUCCCACACUGAAACAUUUGAUUUCAGUGUACCGUAAAACAUAAAAUAAUGCCAGGCUUAGUAACUCAUUUGUCAGCAUGGUUUAGAAGAAAGACAAAUUCACCUCACCAAAAACCAGUAGAGAAUGUCAAAUGCUAAUUGGAUAACUGCAAAUUAUUUCCUUAGUGGUCUUUUGGUUGAGGUUUAUGAACAUGUGCGCUCUGUGAAGUUUGCGUGACUUUUAAAGUCUCCCGGGGAGAAGCAAUAAUACAUGAUUUCGUUAGAAACUGUUAAGAAAAGCCAUACAACUUUCUCAAGCCUGAAGGGACAGGGCGCUAGUCUUCUUCAAUGGAAAGCCUCUUGUAGAGACUGAUGGAAUGGUCUCUGGAGAUGAUAGAAAUCUUUGUGCACUGAUUUAGGUUAACAAUGAAGUAAUAUCCUCCCACACAGCUACUUCCAUCAUGCCUUGCAUUGAAAUUGCACAUUUUAAUGCUUUGAACAACUUUCUCCUUUAAUUCUUUUCUAUCAAGGAAGUUAAGCAGGGCCCGAGUUUACAGUGAGUGAGUGGAUAAACUCACUUGGGUUAUACAAUCGGUCUAUGACUGCACCCUGGAGGAAGAUGCUGAGUGAACCUGCCUAACUUAGGCACCACAUUAUCCAAAAUGCUGUACCACCACAGUGUUAAAAAGAGCUGGGCUUAUAAUGCCAAGAGUGUUGCAUGGAUGUUCAUCCAAAUCUUAAAUAAACUCAGCUUGAUCUUU